AUGCUGGCGCCUACGGGGAUCCAGAAGGGAAUUCCGUGCUUGACCGCAGCGCCGCUCGCGGCGGCCGUUUCAAGGCGUCCCACGCAUCCGAGAGAACAUUUGCGGCACGAAUGGGUUGCCAGUGGCACGCUUUUAGCCAUGACGCUGCAGCGAAGGAGGUCAUCCUAUAGACGUCGCAGCUGGUCUAUCACUUGGCCCUGUGCUGGGGGUCAAGAUGAUUUGGUGCCUGCGAGCCAGGCAUUUUUGGAUUUGAUGGUUGACAUCAGAACUUGGUGGGAAACUUUGGUGUCAGACCUGGCACCAGGGCAACAGAUAGCCUUCAGCAAGAAGGAAGUUUCGAUGCUAACGCAACGAAUGAUACGGCUUCACGACGCCUCGGAGGUGGCACAGAAGCGCGCAGCACAGGCUGAAGAGCAACUGCACAAGACCGGGGCUGACCUGACUGUGGUACAGCAGGAGAAGCAACUCUUGGAGCUGCAGCUGGAAAAAGCUCGCAAACAGUUGGAGUUGCUGACUCGCUACAGUGAGGAUUUGGAGGACGAACGCGAUGCGGCCAAUGCAAAGUUUAAGGCCAAGCAGAAGGAGUGGAAGUCGCAGACCAAGGAGCUGCGACAGUUGCUGAUGCGCAUGCAAAAGUCGUUGGGUGAAACGCCUGACUCUAUGGGGACGGUGGAGGCCCAAUCCGGGCCACCCAAGUCUCCCCUGAUCUUCCAGAACUUUAUGGAUGCAACUGUCUUGGAAGACGGUCUCAUCCCUGUAAGCAACAUGACACUGAAGGAUUUGCAGGAAGAAUGCGUGGUGCGUGGCUUAUCCACAGAUGGUGGCCUUGCACAAGUGAGAGGUCGGGUGCGAGUGGCACUUGCCAAAGAGCGCAAGGAUGCCAAGUGAUGCAACGCUCGCAAGCGACAAGUGACCGAACACUGGGGAUUGCGGUAAGCCCU